UUAGUUUAAUUUAGUACGCCAUUUCAUGCGCGACGUGGUGGUUGAUGGUAUAAAUCGUUUGUAGUCUUAAGCAUAAAAACAAAACACCCAUUAUCGUUCCAAUGAGCGGUCACUGAUUGCCAAAACUACAUAAACGAAUGUGUUAGUGAAUAAAGUUGAUAGAGUUUACACAAAUUUAGUACAAAUAUAUAAAAACACAAUGGCAAACAACGAUGUGCGAAAGAGAAAGCUGGCCAGCGAUGAUAAAUUGUCGCAGCCAAACCGGCGCAAAGGCAGCUCCGGCAACGGAAGCGGAAAUGGACGUGGCGGUGUGACCAGCGGUCUUAAAGUUUCAUUUCUAUGUUUGGUUGUCUCUGUUAUCCUGCUGCUGUUUAUCUUUGGUGUGUAUCAAUUGUAUUAUGCUAAAGCAACCAGUCCAAAUGUAUCGCAACUAACAAAAUCCUCUGUUUUCCCCACCGUCUCCAUUCACUAUCGUUCACAAAAACAACAAUCGCAAUCUGGUUCAGGCAUUGCCUCGGACAAUGCGAGUCCAUAUCUGGCACGCCUCGCCUCAAAGCUGGGCUACAGCAAGGUCCAAUACGCAGCCAUCAUAGAUGCCGGCUCGACAGGCAGUCGCAUUUUGGCAUACAAAUUCAUUCGCAGCUUCAUUGACAACAAACUGGUGCUGUAUGAGGAACUGUUCAAGGAGCGCAAGCCGGGACUCAGCUCAUUUGCUGAUAAUCCCGCCGAGGGUGCACACUCAAUCAAGCUGCUUUUGGACGAAGCGCGUGCCUUUAUACCCAAGGAGCAUUGGUCGUCCACGCCGUUGGUUCUAAAGGCCACAGCUGGUUUGCGUUUGCUGCCCCAGAGCAAGGCUGAAAAUCUGCUGAAUUCCGUUCGUGAUUUGUUUGCCAAGUCAGAGUUCAGUGUGGACAUUGAUGCUGUAGAGAUAAUGGAUGGCACGGAUGAGGGCAUCUUCAGUUGGUUUACCGUCAAUUUUCUGCUCGGCCGUCUAUCCAAGACGAAUCAGGCAGCUGCCCUAGACUUGGGCGGUGGCAGCACGCAGGUCACCUUCUCGCCCACAGAUCCCGAACAGGUGCCCGUGUAUGAUAAGUACAUGCACGAAGUGAUUACCUCCAACAAGAAGAUCAAUGUGUUUACGCACAGCUAUCUCGGCCUGGGUCUUAUGGCAGCUCGUCAUGCCGUUUUCACCAAGGGCUAUAGCGCCGAGGACACAUUUGUGGAGAGCGUCUGCGUUAAUCCCAUUAUAGCCAAUCGCACAUGGACAUAUGGCAAUGUCAAAUAUCAAGUCAGCGGCAAGGAGAACAGCAAACUCACCGCUGAACAGCCAGUGGUUGACUUUGAAGCCUGCCUGGAGCUAGUUAAGAGCAAGGUCAUGCCUUUGGUCAAACCGAAGCCGUUUACACUCAAACAGCAUGCCGUGGCAGCAUUUAGCUACUACUUUGAGCGUGCCAUCGAAUCGGGACUGGUGGAUCCCACAGCUGGCGGAGAAACGACCGUGGAGGCCUAUCGCAAGAAGGCCCAAGAAAUCUGUGCCAUACCCAAUGAUGAGCAACCAUUCAUGUGCUUUGACCUGACCUUCAUAUCUGUGCUGUUACGUGAAGGAUUCGGCCUAAAUGAUGGCAAGAAAGUUAAGCUCUACAAGAAGAUCGAUGGCCAUGAAAUCUCUUGGGCCUUGGGCUGUGCCUAUAAUGUCUUAACCAGCGAUGAGAAAUUCAAUAAUUCCUAGUUCUCUUCUUCACUUAGUCUGUAGAUAUAUAUAUAUCUAUUAUAUAUAUAUAUAUAUAGCUGAAAUUGUUUAUGGAGUGCCUUAGACGUGCAUCGAAGUAUACUAUACACACACACACUCACACACAGACAUUUACUCAACUUAUAGUCUAUAUAGUCUAUAUCUGCUAGCCAGUUAAAAUAUUUAUGCGCUAUGAAUUCAUUUCAAUUGCCUUUAAUUGAAAGCGCAAAUUCAUUUAGAUAUAUAUUGUGUAGAGGCCGCACUUGACUUUGUUUAUAGUUUUCUUUUCUAAUUCCGUUUUUUUGGUGUGAUUGUCUUCAUUUUGUAUGUAAAUUAACUACGCCACGAUAACUCGUAACAUCCUCCUAGGUUUUAGACUCAAA